CCUUUAAAACCUUUUGUAAUGUAAUGUCACAAAAUGUUUUUAACAAAUAUUGAAAGGUCACAGAUAUGAACAUUUCCUUAUCAGGAGAAUGCUUAUAUCAUAUUUGUGGACGUUGUGUUAACAAGGGAUGUUUGUUUGAAUGUAGAGUGAUUAGAACUACAAUUACAUUCAGAUGUUGAUGUUACAGAUGUGUUGUGUUCUGAGUGACCCUUAGGGUUUUUAUUGUUUUCUAAUGUUAUAAUUACAUGCAGCUUGCAUUGUAUAAAAAAUGUUAGCAGAAUAAGUUACAGAAAGAAUUAUCUGAGGUGUAUACAUGUGACUAGUGAGUGAUUCACUGUUUUAUAAAAAACAUGCUUCAAUUAGAUGCUGUGACCUUUUAGAGAGGACAAGAUCUGAAAGAAGCACCGAUUCUGUACAUCAGUUUUGUAUUGGUAAAAACAACUGUCUUUAAUAUCAAGCUUAAAGUGUCUUCAUACUGUAUGUUUUCAGCAGGCAUCCAGGCACAUAAAAGUGUCUAGUUUCAUUAUGAAAAAUACUCAAAAUGGCAUGAACUUUGCAAUUGUGGGAUGAUUCACGUCAUUCUUGCAUGAUUUGAGAACAUCUUAGGUCAAUAAAAGCCUUUCAAAGUCAUUAACUAUUUUGCAAAUUUAGCCCCGGUUUCACAGACAAGGCUUAAGACUAGUCCCAGACUAAAAUGAAUUUUGAGCUGUCUUAACUGAAAAUAACUUGCCCUGACAUAUCUUGCAAUAUGUCAGUACCAUUGUUUUGUCUCAAGAUGCACAUCAGUAAUGCUUUUUUCUAAGGCAUUUUAAUAAAAGCGACUCAAAUAGCCUAAAUUAACUAAGGCAUAGUCCUGGCUUAGGCUAAGCCUUGUCUAUGAAACUGGGCCUAAGUUUUUUUAUAGUAACCAUAAAAACGCAGAAGUGUAUUUAUUCAUAAACUAUAAACUAAAGGUUUUAACUAGGUUUUGAACACAAUAGCUUCAGAUUUCAGUUGUACAUUGGCAUGUUUGUACAGGGUCAUUUUAAUACGCAUUUGAAUAUGGAAAAUGUGCAUCACUCACACAUUUUUUAGGCUAGACCACAAGAAUGAACUGCUCAGUUUGCUGCAGAGCAAAAUAACACUUCCUUUACAUUACUGUGUUGUAGACUGUGCGAGUUUGAGUGAGUGCCUCUUAUAUUUUAGUCCUAGGUGGUCUCAGACAAAUUAUUGAAGUUGGAAAAUGCAAUUUGUUGUCGUGCCUGAUGUUUUUGUUAACAAAACCUAAUAAAAAAAAACACAUUUUAAAAGAAACAGAAAUAUUAGAAGAAUAUUGUCAUUAACUCCACAACAAAGUAGAAGUCUAGAAUAUAAGACUAUGAGUCACAAAUGUAGUUACAAUUCAUAUGAACUCUGACUGGCAGUAGUUACUGUAUGUAACUGUUUAUGUAAUAGAAAGGACUCUAUAGGGCCGGAUCCCAACAAAGACAGUUCAUUAAAGCCACAAUGAAACCAAACCAAGAACCCACCCAGAAGACACAUACAUUAAAAUAGCAAUACCAGACAAAAAAACAGGGCAGACACAAGGGUUUAAAUUCACAAGACUAUCAAGGGCUAACUAGACACACCUGGGUGAAACUAUUAACAAGAAACUAAUAAACAAAGGCUGCGCCCGAAAGCUUCAAAAUAUACUUCGGAGGCAGCAUUCCAAGGCAGGAAGGCAUCAAGGCAUGUCUGAGUCCAAUAUUUGCUUUACUUCAGGGGUCCCCAGGUUUGGUCCCGGGAAUAAGCCCUCCAGGAAUAAGUUUGGGGACCCUUGCUUUAUGAGAAACUUCCAUCUGGUUGAUUUUUAAAGACAGUGCAGAUGUAUCCUUCACUGCCUUCGAUGUCCCACAGUGCUGUGUGUACAGUACAUGCACGAGGAAGGGGAUUGGUCGAGCAGGAUUGAGCUCGAAAUAAUAAAUAAAAUUAAAUGGAGGAAGAGAAACCGGUUGGAGCACAAUUUUGGAUAAAUGUAAGUUUAAUUUUCACUUUCAACAAUUUUUGUUUGCAUUUCUAAUGAGAAAUUUGUAUUGUAGUUUCCAAUUAUAUUGUUGGUUGUUAAAAAGACGCUCCCUAUUUAAAAUUCAAGUAAAAUUUUGUGCGCUAACGCUGUCUCCGAAAUUAUUGCCUGAUUAGGCAGCCAGGCAACCAGUCAGCUGCCUAAGCUUUCGGACACGUUCGGCUUUCAGAACUACAACAGGAAACAGGAAAUGAACAAUAUAAACUAUUGUAAUAUCUAAAAAGUCCUCACAAGAUGGGGGAACAUACCUGUUGACUGGAAUGGGGAUCCUCAUUAUAACUACAUGUUGGAUCAAAACACGCCACCACCUUCAUAUCCGGGUAUUCAGGCUGCACAAGACCAACCGUACUAUAUAUCUCAACAAAUACCCCACACACCUGCACCUAAUCUAGUUCAAACAGUCCUAUCACAGAGUAGAAACUUUUCCUCAUCUAGAAGCAAAAAGGGUUUCUAUGGAAGGAGUGGUGGCUCUGCCAUCAUAGUGACACUGCUUGUACUUGCCGUUGGAUUUGGAGAUAUAGGCAUGUUUACAAAUUUACAUUUUCCUGCAGUGCGUUAUGGACCGUCACUUUUGAAUUUCGCAAAAAAAGAGCAAAUAACAGACACAUGCCCCGCAUCAAAAGUCAACUGUGAUGGAAAGAAAGACUGUUCUCAAGGCAGUGAUGAAUCUGUCUGUGUGCAGUUAGGAAACGCAAAUGAAUUGCAGGUCAAGACCUCUAAAACUGGAAGUUUCCUUCCUGUUUGUGCAGUGGGCUGGAGUAAGAGCAUAGGUGACCAAACCUGCAAACAGCUUGGCUUUAAAGAGAGUUUUGAAAAUGGUGUUGUGCCAACCAGCUUGUCCCUUGUUCAAAGUGUGAACAAUGGCCAGUUUACAAACACUAUCCAGGGGAGCGUUGUGAGCAGUCAGCAGUGUCCUGAUCAGAAGGUUGUGUCUCUGCGGUGUAGCGACUGUGGAAAACCACCAACUGACACAAAGAUCAUUGGGGGAGCUAUGGCUGCUAAAGGUCAAUGGCCAUGGCAGGCCAGUCUUCAUUUCAGGCGCUCUCACAUAUGCGGGGGAACUUUGGUGGCCCCGGAUUUCAUUCUUACAGCUGCUCAUUGCUUCCCCCAAGACAUACCUGGCAUCCUGGAGCUUAGUAACUGGCGAGUGUUUGUUGGUUUGGUGUCCCAGCUCAACCUUCCCAACCCAUAUUACCUAAAGCAAAUUAUUCUACAUGAAAACUACAACACUCGGACGAAAGACAAUGACAUUGCCUUGCUAAAACUGGAGACAUCAAUCAGUAAUAUACAUCCAAUCUGCCUGCCUGUGACUGGCCAAACCUUUCCUACUGGCAUGCAGUGUUGGACAACUGGUUUUGGACUUACUCUAGAAGGCGAUAGCAGCAGUUCCCCUACUUUGAUGGAAGUUGCAGUGAACUUGAUUGACAAAUCUACGUGCAACGCAGCUGCUGCUUACGGUGGAGCUAUCACUGGGAAUAUGCAGUGUGCGGGAGUUCUAGCGGGAGGAAAAGACUCCUGCCAGGGGGACAGUGGGGGUCCACUUGUGUGUAAGGCUGAUGAUCGUCGCUGGUAUCUCACAGGUGUAACAAGCUGGGGAAUUGGCUGUGGAAGGAAAAACCUUCCAGGUGUUUAUACUGACGUAGAGCGCUUUUUACCCUGGAUACACAGCAAGAUGCAGAUAGCGCGACCAUGACCUUCAUGAUCAAGAAGAGCAAAUGACUUUCGACCUUGUGCACACAUUAAAAAAAACUUUUACUAUUAUUUAUACAAAAUAGUUCAUCUUAAAAUGAAAAUUCGCUCAUCACUCUCAUGCCAUGCCAAAACUUUAGGACAGAGUUUAGAACGAGAGUAGGUGAUGAAAGAAUUUGAAUGUUUAUGUUGUAUCUUGUUUUCCAUUAUUUAAAGUUUCUUUUGUGAUCUGUUUUAACACUUCAUAAUUUUGUAAAUAAAGAAAUCAUUCUGAAGAUGUUCUUAUAAAAAUAAAAAAUUGGACACAAAAAAUGUGUUGAUUAUUAUGUU